CCGAACCCCAAAAAGAAGAAGGAGAGAAAAGACAACGCGCAUUGAAGCCGGCGUCCAUUUUACCCUCUCCAUUUGUAUUAAUUGACUGUGUUUAUGUGUGUGUACUGACUUGAGCAUCAACUUCGAAAGCUUAUUACAUAUAAAAUAGACAAACCGAGAUAAAUUGUGUUAACAUAAUGGACGGUGCACCUCCAGUUCGGGGGGGUUUUCGCGGCCGAGGAGGCCCUGGUGGUCCCAUGCGGGGUCGAGGAGGUUUUGCAGACAGGGGAAGGGGUGGACCAGUACGAGGUGGAAUGAUGAGGGGUCGUGGUGGUGGUCCUGGACCAAUGAGGGGUAGUCCCCCAGGCAUGAGAGGUCGAGGAGGACCGCCCGGACGAGGCAGAGGCGGUCACUUCCCUCCUGGUGGCCCUCCAGAAGGUGGAUUAGCUGGAGGUCCAGGAGGCGGUCCUCCUCCACCACCAGGAAUGGGGGGACCCAUGAGAGGUGGAUCCAGAGGGGGACCAGGUGGUUUCAGAGGACGAGGACGUGGGGAUUUUAACAGGAGUGACAGUCGUGGUGGAGGCUUCCGUGGACGUGGGGGCGGUUCAGAUAGGGGAGGACGGGGCUCAGGAUAUGGGGGAUUUUCGAGAGGUGCUCCACGAGGUGGAAUGGGUCGUGGAGGUCCAGGAUCAUUCGGUGAUCGAGGUGGACGAGGCGGAGGCGGCGACCGUGGAGGCCGUGGUGGUCCAAUGAAGCGAGGAAGACCGCCAGGUGUCGGUGGACCACCCAAACGGCCCAGAUACGAGGCCCCACCACAACAAGCUGCCAAUGGCUAUGCCGCACAACCCACAAAUCAAGGAUAUGGCGGUCCCGGAAAUGGAUACAGUCAGCCUCAGCAACCACAAGUCACCGGAUAUGGUGCACCAGGUGGUGGCAAUACAGGCUAUGGACCUCCUCAGAGCGGUUAUCAACAGACAGCAUAUCAAGGCUACGAAAGCUAUCAGCAGCCCUCGGAUUACACGCAGACUACGGGGUACACUGCACAAGCACCAGCAGAUAACAGAUACGUCCAAGCACCGGCGCCCGGUGGAUUCAACGCAGAUCCUUACAAUUAUGGAAAAGCCCCACCUCAAGUGAAUUACCAGCAGGAGGCUGUCGCUCCUACACUGGGUGGUGGUGAUGAUGGUGGCGGUGGGUAUCCUCCUGGGAAUCCCUAUGAGGAUCAGUCUUGUAACCCCAGCGUUAUGGCAGGCCGGACCGGUGGUUAUUCAACACACGGCUACGAUUACUCAACACAAGACGGUGGCUACGGGAAACAAGACUACGGUAAGUACCAGGCAGUAGAAAGCCAAUACUAUUGAAUCAGGCGACAGCGCCCGUAAAUUAGUAUCGGGACAAACCAUCGAGACCAUAAGAUAAACCUAACUGCGCACUCAGAGAAAUUAAAUCCACCGGAAAAAAAUUAUGAACAAUCGAGAAGCGCUAAAAGCUACCCACUGGGAGAAUUAACAAACUCAUGGGACAAUCACUUUUAAUCAUUUCCAAAAGCUGUAUUUUUUUCUCCCGAAUUUUAAUUGACAUUUUUGUCCUGAUAAGAGAAUGACCCGUAGGAUAUUUAGAAUUUUCAUUUAAAAUUGUAAAUCGGAUGGGCGAGACCUCCGCUAAAUAAACAAAUCCAAGAAUAUACAGAUAUUUAUGAAUUAUUGAAUCGAAGAAUUUAGAAAAAUGAAAUACGAGAGGAGAAAUUAUUCAUGAGUCGAUGGAAUGAGUGACAGGAGAGGGUAUAAUAUUUGCAGGUGGCAGUGCUGGUUACGAUUACACCCAGUCCCAGCGAAAUUAUCAAUAAACAACAGAAAAUAAAAAUUAGCAAGAGAAAUUAUUGCAUAUUCAUCACUUGACCUAGAAUUUCCAGCUGUAAAGUGAUUUCUCUACAAAUUAAUCAGUUGAAAAAACAUGUGACGAAUUGCAAAGCAAUGGCAAAUUAAUUUUAACGAUUGAUGAUCUUAUGUGAAUUCAAAAAUUUAUGGAAAUAACAACAAUCUUAAAUUUCCCUUCGUUGCUCCUUGACAACUUUCAAAAAGAUCAGGCUGAAAAUAGACUUUAGAUACAAAUAAGCAUUAAAAAUAUUAAUCAAAUUUAUUGACACUUUAUUCCGAGUAAGAACCAACCUGUAGGACAGUUGAGAAUUCUAAAUUGCAUCGAUAAGGCCUGCACUGAAAAAACAUCUUGAAGAAUAUCCAGAUAUUCACGAAUCAAUCAAUCAAAUAAUUUAGAAAAAUAAAAUAAGAGUGAGGAGAAAUUAUUGACGAGUCGAUGGCAUGGGUAAUUGCGGAGGCUAUAUUUGCAGGUGGCAAUGCUGGUUACGAUUACGCCCAGUCUCAGCGCAAUUAUUAAUAAACAAUAGUCGUGGCAAAUUAAUUUUAAUGAUUGAUAAUCUCCUAAAAUUGAAAGAAUUUAUGAAAAUAACUAGAAUGUUCCAUUUCACUUGGUUGUUAUCUUGGGAUUUUUUAAGUAAUCGGGCAGAAAGUAGGGGCGAGGUACGAAUAAGCACGAAAAAUACAAAAGAUUAACGAAUGAGAGUGUUUUAUAAUUAAGUCACAUUGGUCAUAGGAAUAAAAUUUUUGUGUUAGCCUUUUUAUUCCCUGAACUGAAAUAAAAAUACCCAAAAAUUAUGUAAACAUGAA